CAUGAGCGAUAUUAUGCAGCUGCUGCUUGUGAAGAGCAUCUGAGGACUGUGGCGUCACAUCCUGUGUGCAGAUCACCAUUCAUUGCGCUCUUCACGUAAACACUGAUGCUCGCUCGGCGUCCGUCGUCUAGCGCCGAGCGAAAGCAGAACGCUAGCGUCCGCGUUAUUAUUACAGCGCGGGACCACAGCGAAGCAUGUAGCGAGGACGCGUCUGUGGCGCCACGUGCUGGUAACUCCGAUCGGACUGCGAUCUGUUCGCUAAUAAAGCGGGACGCGGUCGUGGAAUGAGGCCAUUGCGCGACAUCUCUCCGCGCAGCAGCUGGUGUUUGAUGGACGCUCGGCGCAGUGAAGGAUGAACAACCGCGAAUAUCAGCAAAUCGAUCCGCAGGCGCUCGCGACGCCUCCGCCCGAGCACAUGCCCAAACGAGCCCGGAGGAGAUGGGAGGUGUUCCCCGGGAAGAACCGCUUCUGCUGUGACGGACGCGUGAUGGUGGCGCGUCAGGGCGGCGUGCUGCCGCUCACACUGGCACUCAUCCUGAUCACCAGCGGACUCUUCUUCGUGUUCGACUGCCCGUUCCUGGUGGAGCACCUCACCAGCUGCAUCCCGGCCAUCGGAGGGGUCCUGUUUGUGUUUGUGAUCAUCUCUCUCCUCCAGACCAGCUUCACGGAUCCGGGGAUUCUGCCCCGGGCCACACCAGAGGAGGCCGCAGACAUCGAGAAGCAGAUCGACAACCCGACGGGCUCGUCCUCAUCCUACCGCCCCCCGCCGCGCACGAAGGAGGUCGUCAUCAAUCAGCAGGUGGUUAAACUCAAGUAUUGCUUCACCUGCAAGAUCUUCCGGCCGCCGCGCACCUCCCACUGCAGCCUGUGUGACAACUGUGUGGAGCGCUUCGAUCAUCACUGCCCCUGGGUCGGCAACUGUGUGGGAAAACGAAACUAUCGCUUCUUCUACACCUUCAUCGUCUCGCUGUCUUUCCUCACGGCCUUCAUCUUCGGCUGUGUAACCACACACCUGGCUCUGAGGUCACAAGGAGGAAAUGGGUUGGUUUUCGCUCUCCAAGCGAGUCCUGCCAGUGCUCUUGAGUUAGUGGUUUGCUUCUUUUCAGUUUGGUCCAUUUUGGGCCUCUCAGGCUUCCAUACAUACCUGGUAGCUGCAAAUCUUACUACCAAUGAGGAUAUUAAAGGCUCCUGGUCAGGGAAAAGUGGAAAUGAGGACGUUGGAAAUCCUUACAGUUACAACAGCAUUGUCAAAAACUGCUGUUCUGUGCUCUGUGGACCCAUGCCACCCAGUUUGAUUGACAGGCGAGGCUUUGUGCCCUCUGAUGACUCCGUCCAGACCAGUCCUGUGGAAAUCGAACUCCCGGCUGCUAAAAACAACAGAAACAUGGUAGGAAGGGCAGUCACCUCAGGCCGACCUCCUCCUCCUCCUCCACCCCCGGUCGUAACCCUACAGCAACCUGACAUCUCCAUUCAGAGCCACUCGACAGCCUGACUUCCUGUGUCUGAUCCAAAGCCAGCAUUUUCUCCUCUUGCUGCAUUGUUUGAUGCGUUUUGGCAUGGGUCGCACCCUUCAUUUAGAUGUCAGACAGCGUUCGGCUCCCUGGGCUGCAGCCAAGUGCGGCUGUCUCAGAUUUGUUUGGUGUUGAGGAGAGCCGUUACGGCUGUGGUCAAAGUCACAUAUAUAGAUGAGAUUUGUGUUGUUUACUUUGAGUUUGAAUGGGAAAUAAAUGUUUAUGUGCUCAUUCUCUAUGGUUUGGCUCCCUCAUAGAUCAGUGGGUUGGAGUGUUUACAGAGCAAUGGGUGUAGCCGUUGUGUUAUUUUGCACAACUGUGCAUCUUAUUACAAAAAAAGGAAAUGAAACUUUUGACUUCCUGUGACACUAGGUAGAAUUCACAGUUUGUGAGCAGGAAAGACGCUGUAGUUUCAGGUGAUGGUGUUUAUUUUUGAAGCUCUUCGAUGGUUGAAAGACUUGUGCGAUUAUGACGCACAAUGGUGCUCUUGAAAAACAUCAGAGUAUAAGCAAACACCUCUCACAAAUGUUGUUUAUUUUUCAUCAAUUUAUUAAAGUUGUUUGUUUUUAGUAUAAUCUGAGCAUGUAAAAAGCUGUUGUUUGUUUGUAUAAUUCAGGUUGUUUGGUUCAAACAAACAAGCAACUUGUUUGUUUUUAGUUUUUGUGUUUUCUUGUGGCUGUUUAUCAACUUACAUGUGCCUUGAAGUUUUUUCAGAUCUUUUUUGGUUUAUACUCCGAUGUUGAACUUGUCACCAAAACAAAAGUGCCUCUCAUCAGUGAACAAACAAACAAACCAACAGCUAACAGCUCUAGUGUUUAUGUACAUUUCUUUGGUUGUAACGUGGCGGAAAAGUCCAUGCCAUCCUGUUUUGUGAAGUCCAAAAUAAAUAGCUAUGGUGAAUAUGACUUCUAUUAAACUAUGGAAAAAUAUCAGUUUGAUUUACGGGAAAAAAUGCAGGUAAAGUUAAUAAGGUGCUAAUGCAUCUCUGCACAGUAACCAAAGUACACUCACUUGAUGUGUGGUUGUGUCUGUGUGCAUGUGCAUAUAUUGUGAAAUAGUUUGCAUGUGAUAUGAAAAUUUCCCUAUGGGAUUUUACUUAUUAUGAAUGCAUAUUUUUUUAAAUGAAGAACAUUGCUGACAUUUUGUACUUUUGAACAUAUCUGUGCUUGUAUAUAUUGAAAAUGCAUUUUAAUGUUAAAUAAAUAUUUUUCAAACUAAACCACAGAAUUCUUGUCCUGCAUGCAUAUUUGUUGUUUUGAGUAUGUAGGUAUCGAGUUGUUUGUUUACUCACAGUUGUGUAUGUUUUCCUGGCAUGUUCUGAUGCGUUAGUGCACAUUAGUGCUGUUACACUUAUCGGUCUUCGCACAUUAACCCUUGUCCUCUGUAUGUGUGUG